UUGUGAAUGGAAGGGAAGGCGAGAUACCGCACCCGACAUGGCACGGGAGAGAUGACGGACCUUGCCAAGAUGGUGUUUUCACACACAGUCCUAACAUUGUUUACCACUGGCAGACGGUUCAACUUAAAACAGAAAGAGAAUACAGACACUUCCUAUGGAGGUGAGACUGGAAGACGGUACUGUCGUCAGUGAUCACGGUACUGUCGUCAGUGAUUUUCAUUCUGUGCUUAGCAAAUGGGAAAGUGACGUUUUGAGGCUGUAUUCCGGAACAGACGGCGACGACUACGACAACCGUUAUCUAGGUGAGGUGAAGCAUGAACUAGCGAUAAUGCUGCGCAGCACGAGGAGAGCGCUCUCAACACACUGAUAUAACGUGAAGAAGUGCGCAGAGCUGACACCGGGCGAAGAACGGUAAGGCAGAGGGUGUAGACAAUAUCAAAGCUAAAGCUCUUAAAAACGACGCCUGUAUUGAGAUACUGUAUAACCUUUUCACCAAAUGUUUUGAUAGUGGCAUCACUCCAAGUGCAUGGAAACAGUCGAUCAUUAACCCUUUAGUGAAAAGUGACACCGAUGUGCGUUCACCUCGAACCUAUUGAGGGAUUUCCCUAUUAUCUGUACCCUGCAAGAUCUAUUGUGAUGUCCUCAAUCAACGUGUCUCAUAUUGCCUGGACUCUAGUAACAUGUUGUCAGAUUCUCAAAACGGAUUUCACAAACACCGAAGCUGCUUUGAUAACGUAUACAGUUUGUACACACUGCUGAAGACUAGGCUGCAUUGUAAGCAAUCAACUCAUACUUGUUUUAUCGACCUUAGAAAAGCUUAUGGUUGAAGCUGCUAUGUGCAGGGAUCAACGGGAAGAUGUUUUUUACCAUACAGUCUCUCUACCAUAAAACCUCUAGUGCAGUACGUGGCAAUAACCUUAUGACGCCAUUCUUUCAAGUGUCAACGGGGGGUGAGGCAAGGCUGCACCCUGUCCCCCACUCUGUUCUCCCUCUACAUCAAUGACCUGGCGGAGGAGAUUACCAAUCUCAAUGACGGUGUAUCUGUAGACAAACUCUGUGUCUCCAUAUUACUGUAUGCAGACGAUAUAGUUCUACUAGCCCCAAGUGAAGACAAACAUCAGUGGAUGUUGGACGUGGUGACACGGUGGUGUGCUAGAUGGCGUCUGAGUAUUGACACGGAUAAGACAAAGGUUGUGCACUUCAGACGGGUUAACAGUGAUAGAUCUAAUUAUCAGUUUCGAUGCUGCAACAUGGCCUUAUCAUACAGUGACUGUUAUAAGUACUUAGGACUGUGGUUUGAGGAAGACCUUGAUAAAAAGUUCACAGUAAAGGAGAUCGCAAAAAGUGCUCUGUCUCUACUCAUCACCAAAUAUAGACAGUGUGGAGAUAUGGCAUAUGAUGCGUUCACAAAACUAUGAAUCAACUGCAGCCUAUCUUACUCUACUGUGCAACUAUUUGGGGACUAUAUGGACAUCGUGAAAUAAGUAACAUACAAAACAGAGCUGGUGGUUUCUUCCUGAGUGUACCUCGUAAUGCGUCUAACUGUGCAGUUCAGGGUGAACUUGGUUGGAGGACUUGUCUCACUCAACAGCAGAUAGAGAGUUUUCGUUGUUUUGUCAAGUUGUAUCAUAUGUCAGAGGACAGACUUACCAAUAAGGUGUUUAGGUGGUCCAUGAAUCGAAAAGGUUCUUUUUCUUUUAACCUUGUUAAAUUGGGUAGACAGUGGCUGUUGUAUGAUACUUUGUUAUCGCCGACUUCUGGUAUUAAUUGUAAAAUAUCAGUCAUUAAACAACGUUUAUGUAGAUUAGAUGAGGAAAAGUGGUUUUCAGAGCUUUUGGAUGACGUAGGCAAGGCUAUCGGUAAUAAGUUACGCACUUACAGGUUGUUUAAAAAAGAUUGUAGACCAGAACUGUAUGUAAGAUAUAUUAUUUCUAGACAUAGGCAAAGUAAUCUAAGUAAAUUACGCUGUGGUAUCUUACCUCUUAAUAUUGAAAUUGGAUUUUAUAGCAAACCCCCUACACCCAUAAAUCAAAGAUUAUGCCCCUUUUGUGAUUCUGCAGAGUCUGAAGCCCAUUUUCUUGUAAAUUGUGCUUUUUACCAUGAUCUUAAUAUAGAUGAAUUUAGUUUUAGCCCAGAUGAUAGCAAUCAUUUGAAAUUUAUCAUGGUAAUGAAUACUACUGAAAUCAAGGUUCUUAAACUUGUAGCAUAUACUAUUAACGAUUUAUGCUACAAGAAGAAGGCAGUUACAUUCUUAAUAUAUUUUACCUAUGUACUAUUUUAUAUAUGUCAUGAACACAAUCGUCCAGAUUGUAUAUUGUACAUUUUUUUAGUUAAUUUAUGUUAGUAGUGUCUCGUAAGCCAGUGUUAUGGCUGGGUCAUAUGUGUUAUCUAGACAUAUGAAAUAUAGUUUUACCUGUAACAUAUCAUGUGACACUUUCACAAAAUAUACUUCUGUCUGUCUGUCUUAAAAUGUUUUCAUUUGUUAUCAAAAUAAUGCCAUUUAAUACAACAUUCAGAUUGACUAGUAGUGAACCCAAGCCCACUACUCUACCCAGGACCCCCCAUGUACUUAGUUAGCCUUACUUUCAAACAAUGCUAUUAUAUCGGGUGAAUUGUGCACUGCACCAUGCAGGUCUUGUACCUCACUGCCAAAAUUGAGACAACAGGUAUGACCAAUUAGGAUCAAUUAGGUCUCAUCAAUAAGUUGGUAACUAAUUUGCUACUGGGACAAUUUGGAUCAAUUAAGCACUAUUUUGUUUUUGAAGAAACCAAAUUAUUCAUCACAGUCUACUUAAUUUUACAAAAAAAUUCAAGAUUAUCAAGUGAAAAAGAUUUAAUCUUUAUUGAUCAGUCUAUACUUAUACUAUCAAUUGCGCAUGAGGCUGGCGGAGCAGAGGUAACGAACCAGUCAUGAAUUCUGGGAUAUCAUCCGGGUACUCACGGGAGAAAAACAAUAACAAAAGCAACAGCCAGUCCACGGAAAUUGCUGUGGAUCAGUGGCCCUUUAACAGGUAUUCGGGUAAGGGACCAUUUGUAAAUUAUGGGUAAGAGUUCCGUACGUUGGGCCUACCCCCCCACACCUAAUAUUUUCAAAAAC